AUGACACGAGGGGCUCUUAUUGGUCUCAUUCAUGCACGAUCGCUUACGGCUGAAAAAUCUCCUGCGCAGGACGGGAACGCCUUGACACUCAUGAGCACAGAUGUUGACAGCGUUGAUACCUGUGCAGAGAUGCUUCAUGAGACUUGGGCUCAAGUUGUGGAAGUAAUAGUCGGAACGACUUUGCUUGCAAGGGAAAUCGGGUGGUUCGCCCUCCUACCUCUGUUGAUCGUACCUGCUAAUCUACUGGGUAUAUUCUCUCCGGUCCUGACAUUGGUAAUGUUUGCAUUGUCCCGCAAGAUGCAGGACCAUCUUGAUGCUGACAUGGUAUUUACAUCUAUUGCUCUUCUCGCCCUUGUCACUCAUCCAGCCAACAUGGUCAUGACUAUUAUUCCUCGUGCAAUUACCUCUUUGGCAAAUUUCGAAAGACUACAAGCUUACUUGACCCAAGGGUCAUUGAGAGACCAGCGUGUGUCUACAUUUCCACCUUCCCUGUGGAGUGACUAUAAACGACUGCCUGGCCAGCGACCCGCAAUCGUGCUGGAAAAUGUGAACGUCCAACUCUCUUCCAGCUCGGCUCCACUACUUCAGGAUGUAAAUCUUCUCCUAGAUGAAGGCUCGAUUUGCAUAUGCUCAGGCCCUAUUGGCAGUGGGAAAUCUGUCCUUGCACUGACUAUCCUGGGAGAAAUGAAUGUCACAAAAGGCAGAGUUGCCGUCCGGGAUGGUCGUAUCGCGUUUUGUAGUCCUUUAGUCUGGCUUCCUGUUGCUUCAAUACGCGAUGUGGUUUGUGGGCAAUCAACGAGCAUUGAUCUGGUCUGGUAUCAGACUGUUAUUCAAGCUUGCAAUCUCAAUGCUGAUUUAGAAAACCUGGUUGACGGAGAUAUGGCAUUGAUUGGAAACGGCGGCAUUAACCUUUCCGCGGGCCAAAAGUCUCGUAUUGCUCUUGCCCGUGCUGUUUAUUCCCGGUGCCAUAUUAUGGUUUUGGAUGAUCCAUUUAGUGCCUUAGAUGGGGCAGUCGAGGACCACAUUGUCAAUGCUUUGCUUGGACCUGAAGGAAUUUUACGCAAGCUCAAAAGCACUAUCUUUCUGAUUACUCACAGUACUCAACAUUAUCCCCUGGCCGACAAGGUCAUAUUACUCAAUGAAGGAAGAGUACAAGUCCUGGGCCCCCAAGAUAAAUUCUUACAAGGCAAUACACAAAUGACAAAAAUCCGCGUUUCAAGAAGAGCAGCAGAAGGUGCUGGGUUUGAAGAGAGCGCCAAAUCACUUGCAUAUGGAACCCGCAUAGAUGACGCCGCUGCCGACACAUCAAGAAGAACCGGCGAUUUGGCAGUCUAUGAUUAUUACUUUGGCUCGGCCGGCAAAUUGAACAUCCUGCUUAUGGCGAGCUGCACCGCAAUAUAUGCUUUCUCUCUCACUUUUUCACAAUACAUUCUGAAGUGGUGGGCCGAGUCUACAACGAAGAACUCAUCUUCAUAUAUGAUCUUCUAUAUCAUGUUUUCAUUACUGGCUUGGAUAGCAACAAAUGGAACCAUGUGUUGCCCGCUUUCAUACUUUUCGACUUUUGAGAUCGGUGCCAUAUUAAACAGAUUUGGUCAGGAUAUUCAGCUUGUUGACAAGGAAUUACCCUCUGCAUUCGCAAAUCUUAGCACCCAAAUCUUCAAAUUGAUCAUGCAGGCCAUUGUCUUAGUGCUGACUCCUGAUCAGGUUGAAGGCAUCAAUACAAUUCGUGCGUUUGGAUGGCAAGGUAAAUUUGCAACCAACAAUAUCGAAAAGCUUGAGGUUGCUCAGAGUCCAUUGUAUCUUCUCCUCUGUCUACAGCGAUGGCUCAAUGUGGUUCUGGAUUUUUUAAUUGCAGGUAUCGCUGUAUCUUUUGUUACUUCGGCAAUGAUAUUCCGUGAAACAGCCACGGGUGCUAGCAUUGGGAUAGCAUUGAACAUGAUUAUUGCUGCAAAUACGACACUACUUCGACUGGUUGAGAAUUGGACAACUCUUGAGACAUCCCUUGGAUCAGUGGCACGGCUGCGUUCUGUUGACCAGGACACCCCCUCUGAGAAGAGGGACUGGGACUCCUUAGAGCCGUCGCAGGAGUGGCCAAAUAUGGGGUCUAUCAAGAUUAAACAUCUAUCAGCAGGUUACAGUUCACAAAGCCCCGUUCUCCAUGAUAUUGAUAUGGACAUCCCAGCUGGCCAACACCUUGUCCUAUGUGGCCGAACCGGAAGUGGGAAAAGCACUUUUUUUCUCAUGCUGCUUCAGCUAUUGACUUUCCAUGGUGGCACCAUUGAGGUUGAUGGUGUGGACAUCUCUCGGCUGCCAGUGAAUAUUGUACGGCGGCGCUGCUUCAUUUCAGUUCCCCAGGACCCGUUCAUUCUUCCCAACGCGAGCCUUCGAUUCAACCUUGACCCAUAUAAUCAACAUCAGGAUGCUUAUAUUUUGAAAGUUCUCCAGAGAACUGGAGUUUGGCCCGAUAUUCAAGAUACCCUGAGCAGAACAAUGAACGGUCUUGUUCUUAAAACUGGGAAUUCGAAUUUUCUUGAUCUGCCAAUGACUGCUUUCCCACCAAUGUCUACAGGUCAAAGGCAGAUGCUUGCCCUAGCUCAGACGCUGCUAAGAGCCCAACCAUCAACUCGCGGCUACGAUUCUGCGAUUAUCCAACGGAAACCAAUUGUAAUUCUUGAUGAGGCCAGUUCCUCGUUAGACCUUGAAACAGAGACGAAGAUGCAGGAGAUCUUAAAAGAACACUUUUCGAGUCAGGGACACACUAUCAUUUCUAUUUCUCACAGGCUGAAUAGCCUGCAAAAUGACUUACGACCCGGAUUGGACAAGGUGGUUUGGAUGGUGAAUGGGCGCCUCGAGGAACUCCAGGGAUUCAGCGCUAACACUGGCAUCCCUGGUACAACAGACGCCAGUGAUGAUUCUGAAUAG